CCUGGGCGUGACGGAGGACGUCAACGUAAUGAAGUGAUUCCUGGUGCUCUUGUAAUGGUUAGUCUUUUAUUUUUAGGUAUAAUUUACAAGUGGGAGUUCACGAGUCAUGAAGGCUGGGGCCUCGUCCAUGUGGGCUUCAUGUUGCGGUCUGCUGAAUGAAGUGAUGGGUACGGGAGUAGUGCGUGGCCAGCAGCCAGGGUUUGGUGCAGGAGCCGGUCCCUUCAGAUUUGCCCCCAAUGCUGGGUAUUCAACCUACCCCCCGCCUUCAUCGGGAAACGCUGGUGUCGUCUGCAAGGCCUGCGGACUAGACUUUUCUGUGUUCAGGAAAAAGCACGUUUGCUGUGAUUGCAAGAAGAACUUCUGCUCUCUCUGCUCGGCCCUGCAAGAAAACCUUUGGAGAUGUUCCACGUGUAAUGUGCUGAAAGAAACCGCUUUCCAGAGGCCACAGCUAAUGAGACUGAAAGUAAAAGACCUGCGGCAGUAUCUAAUGCUGAGGAAUAUACCAACAGAGACCUGUCGCGAGAAAGAGGACUUGGUGGACCUUGUUUUGUGCCAUCAUGGAUCGGAUGCAGAAGACGACUUGGACACAAGUAGUUUACAUUCAUCCAGGUCUGUGCUCGCCACGCCUCGUUCUACAUUACACUCCACUCCCUCCCAGUCCUCGCUGUCUGCCUCUCCGGGGGAUCAGCUCAGUCAGAGGGUAAGCUCAGGAACCGCAAAUCAGGAACGUGGUGAAGAAGCAUCUCUGUUGAAUCUGGAAUCAAAUGAAAAUGUAGAACCACAGGCUACUCCUGUGUCUCGAAAGCGUGCAAGAGCCUCUCUCUCAGACAUAUCCACCAUGGAGGACAUCGAAGGACUGAAUGUCCGGCAGCUCAAAGAGAUCCUUGCUCGAAAUUUCGUGAAUUAUUCAGGUUGCUGUGAAAAGUGGGAGCUGGUGGAGCGCGUCAACAGACUGUACAGAGAGACUGAAGAGAACCGGAAGUCAUUGGAAAAUGUGGACAACAGUAAAACUGCAGUGGUGACGUCACACCCUCAGCCUAUCUGCAGUGGUGGAAAUGGAGACGAUGAGAAGAUGCACUUAAGCAGCGAUGACAACCUGUGCAGGAUCUGUAUGGAUGCUGUGAUUGACUGUGUACUCCUGGAGUGUGGCCACAUGGUCACCUGUACCAAAUGUGGAAAGAGAAUGAGUGAAUGCCCCAUCUGUCGACAAUAUGUAGUGCGGGCUGUGCACGUUUUCAAGUCCUAACACGGGAGAGGGGAGAGGCUAAACAUUUAGGUAUUUUAUUCAUCCCUAUUUGGUGCCCGCUCAUAAAGAGCUCAAAUGGAUUUGUGUGACGAGUAAAUGAUUUGAGACCUGGAAACUAGAGAAUGCCUACAGUCUAUACCGGUAGCUUUAAAGUAUUUGUGUUUUAGUACCCUCUUCAGUUAAGUGAAUGUGAUGUUUUGUACUGCAAGCCCCUGUUCUGCACACUUCUAUUUUCUUUUCAUCUUUAGAGUAAUCUGGCCUCAAUGAAAACUACAGAAAUAAGUUUCGGUUAGACUUUGUAAACCCAAGUGCCUGCCUUCAUGGAAUCAGUCAGGGGAGUCAUUUUCAAUUUUACUAUUCAGUUCCGUGUUGACAACAUUGUGGGUUUUUAAAGUUUGACACACUGACGAUUUCAUUAAACUCAGUUGAUGUGACAACACUGAGGAAUUUUCUAAAAUGCUAUGCUGUUAUGGAGCAUAUCCUGUAUAUUUCAAUGGAGGUAAUUAAACACCCUGUAGAGUAAUGGUAGCACUGUGAGGGCCUGGCAGGGAAUACUUAAAUUACAAUUUGAGAAUUGUUUUUUUUCUAACGAUUGCAUUGCAGGAAGAUUUGGGUCUGUGCAUUGAGUGAUUUUGAGGGUUCUGAAAUCUGUGGUAAUGGACACUUGAAUGUUGUUCUUUAUUAAAUUCCACUUGCUUAGCGAGAGGUUAUUCUGAAAACGUUUUGCCAUGUAUACGUAGUGACAUUUUUAAUAACACUCAGGUGUUUGAAGGUGCAAGGAGUUUGUCUCGGCUGUUGUGUGCAGUAUGUUAAGUGAUCCCUUCACCUGAACACAUUGGGGACCAAAUCAGUUUUAUAUGAAUACCAUGUGGCGAUACAGUAUAUUCCAGUUCUAUCAAGCAAAGCCAAUAUCCAUCUUCUGUUUAUUUUUCUGCUUUGGAUCUUUAGUCACAGAAUUUGGUUCCUCAAAAUGGGCUUUUAAUCCGACAUGUAUCGAGGCAAUACAAAGAUUUGCAAAUUCAUGUUAUGUAGAAAUGGUACAGAAAGAAAAUAAGUACAGUUUUGGCUGUUUCAUAUCGCUAACCUAAAAUGUGUGUAUUUUUUUGUUUGUUUUGAAUGUUUAAUAUCAAAUUUUUAAAUAUUGUAAGAAGAUAUGUUUAUCGAUUGUAUAAAACUGUCUGUGUAAAAUGAUUUUAAUAUUAAGUGUGUUUGGUGACAUAUGACUGAAUCUAUAAAACAGAAGAGGGUAGAACGCUUGUAUCCUACCUGUCCUUUUCAUAAGCACUAUCAGGAAUUAUACUUGGAGAUAUACUUUCUGGUAAGCUGUUUGUUUUUCCCCUAAAUGAUUUCUUACCUGCAGCCUUCAGUUGAUACAGUAUAACACUUAGAAUUGAAAACACCACUGAGUGCACUUCAAUUCUAAGUAAAACAUGCUUCCGUGUCUCCUUGAGGAUACAUGAAAUAAAAACACCAGAAAACCUUUACCAGGACGUCCUGCAGCAAUACAAGACCAAAACGGGUACUGAUGCAGGCUGCAUGUAAGAGAUACAUCCACUGGAAACGAUUCCUUAAGGAAGCAGUUUAAACUAGGUAUGGUCUUGUAUUUUGGAAUGUUGAACUUUUUAUUUUGGUUAAUUAAAAUAAUUAAAAAUUCAUUGAAUAAAAAAAA